AUGAGUGCCAUACUAUCAGCAGAUGACUUGAACGACUUCAUAACGCCCGGGGCUGCGUGUAUAAAGCCCCCUACCCAGAAAGAGAACCCCAACAACGGCGAGGUUGAAGUGCAAAUCGGAAUGGAUGGAGACCCUUUAGAGGUGUCAAAGAUCGAUGGAUCUACGUCAAACCUUUCGCCAGCCCAGAUUUCGCUUGCAGACUGCUUGGCGUGCUCGGGGUGUAUUACUUCCGCCGAAGAGAUUUUGGUGGCGCAACAUUCCCACCAGGAGUUGUUGAAAGCAUUAAAUCAGCGUGACACUAAUACCCAUUUUGUUGCAAGUGUAUCUCACCAGUCUCGAGCCUCGUUGGCCACCGCCCUAGGCGUGACAGUGGAGCAAGCCGACAGGCUUCUCAUCAACUUAUUUGUCAAUCAGAUGGGCUUCCAAGCGGUGGUUGGUACAUCUUUGGGCAGAAAACUAUCUUUAAUCAGCGAAUCCUACAACAUCAUCCACAAAAAGGAGUCAAACUUCGAAGGUCCCUUGUUGUCAUCUGUGUGCCCCGGGUGGGUCUUAUACGCUGAGAAGACCCAUCCAUAUAUUUUGCCCAAGAUGUCUGACAUCAAGUCACCUCAGCAAAUAACUGGUUGUUUGUUGAAGAACAUAAUGGCAGAGCAGUUGGGUACUGACAAGAGUAACAUCUACCAUUUAUCGAUAAUGCCAUGUUUUGACAAGAAGCUUGAGAGUGCUCGUCCCGAGAAGGGUGAAGAGGAGUCCACAUACAAAGACGUGGAUUGUGUUUUGACUGCAAAAGAAUUGGUGACAUUAUUGGACCAACACCCGGACACGUUCAAGUUGAUUCCCGAUGAUGUGAAUGAUGUGAUACAUUCUCGGGUCUCUAUCCAGGAGAUCUACAAGCAAGUUGCCCCUGUGAACUGGCCGUUGGUGGAGUACGCAUGGUCCAAUGACUCUGGAUCCGCUUCCGGUGGAUACUCUCACAACUAUUUGACGAUUAUGAAAAACCACUUGAUGACGAAAUCCCCCGAACUCGUGGAGGACAACUUCUCCAUCAAAACCAUCUACGGUAAAAAUACAGACAUUUACGAGCUCAGGCUCAUGUAUAAUGAUGAGAAGGUUGCAAGUGCAGCUAUUGUGAACGGGUUCAGAAAUAUUCAGAAUCUCGUGAGGAGGUUUAAACCAAGUGCUCCCCAGAAGGCCACCGCCAAGGUCAACCCGUUAGUAGCCAGACGGAGAGCGAGAAUGCUGAAACCCAGUGGUGAGGGCUCAAUUCAAGAAGAGUUGGCAGACGCUUCAAAAUGCGACUAUGUUGAAGUGAUGGCUUGUCCCAAUGGGUGUAUCAAUGGAGGAGGUCAAAUCAGCCACCCCGAGGACAUGUUAGAGAAGGACUGGCUUUUGAAGGCAGUGGAAAACUAUCAGUUGAUCCCUUUGCUUUCUUUAGACUCUGAAGGUGUUCUUGCUUCCAUAGUGCCUGACUUGAUCAGCUGGAGUCAAGCAUUCACCAGCAAGUUCGACAUGCCCGAGUCCCGAUUGUUCAGAACAUGGUUCAAAGAAGUUGAAAAGCCAACUGAUCCCAAUGCCAUUCUAUUGGGUGCCAAGUGGUAG